AUGGCAGGCGACGACAGCGCGGCUGCGCAGCCAAAACUGGAGGAGCCCAAAGCCGAGGCUGGGACUGAGCAAAAGAAGCAAGGGGUUGUUGAGGCUGUUGCCGAGGCUGUUCCCGAGGCCAGUCAACCGCAGCAGAGGGAUGUUAGCGAUGCCAGUCAACAGCAGCAGGAGAAUGUUCCUGAGGGCAGUCAACCGCAGCAGAGAGAUGUUAGCGAUGCCAGUCAACAGCAGCAGGAGAAUAUUCCUGAGGGCAGUCAACCGCAGCAGAGGGAUGUUAGCGAUGCCAGUCAACAGCAGCAGGAGAAUAUUCCUGAGGGCAGUCAACCGCAGCAGAGGGAUGUUAGCGAUGCCAGUCAACAGCAGCAGGAGAAUAUUCCUGAGGGCAGUCAACAGCAACAGGAGAACGUUCCCGAGGCCAGUCAACAGCAGCAGGAGAAUAUUCCUGAGGGCAGUCAACCGCAGCAGAGGGAUGUUAGCGAUGCCAGUCAACAGCAGCAGGAGAAUAUUCCUGAGGGCAGUCAACAGCAACAGGAGAACGUUCCCGAGGCCAGUCAACAGCAACAGACGGAGGUAAACGAUGCCGCCCCACAGCAACAGACGGACGUAAACGAUGCCAACCCAGCACUCUCACCAACGCCACUCCCGCCAACCCACCAGGAGACGCAAAAAGGUGGGCAGCCAUCGGGCGGUGCUGUACGGUUCGACACCCUCCCAGGCCCGCAUCCAACGGCCCAUCUGCAGCCGGUGUUUGGAACAUACGACGUCCGGCGCGAGGAGGAUGAAGUGCCCUAUGAGAUCCCCCACAACCCCAAGUGGCACAAGGUCAAGAUUGGACUGAUGAUCUUUGCUGUUGCGGUUUCGGCCUUGGUUAUCGGGUUGAGUGUUGCUACGGGGUAUAUCUCUGCGGGAGACUCCGGGUACUGGUAUAUUCAUGAAUCAGCGUAUAUUUCCGGUGUUUCUGCCUCGGCGGCGAUCCUCUCCCUCGUCUUCAUCGUCAUCGAGAUGUUGACCAUGUGGUUCUCCAAAGACCACCGUGGCCUGCACCCAGGAUGGCUAAUCACCUUCAACCUCAUCGUCGGUGCCCUUGCCGUGGCCGGGUUCGGCAUCAUGGUUCACUAUGUCACCAACGUAGGGGGAUACGACGGUUGGUCCCAGUAUUUCGACAACCAGGACACAGCCGACAGAGAACUCGCACUCUUCCAGGCCCUUUUAGCCUUUGACCUUGUGUUAUUCUUCACUCACCUCGUCUUGUUCGUCGGUGCCUGCGGCGAGGCUCACCAGCGGAACCGAGCCAGACGGGAGGUCCAGAUAGUGGAGAUCCCGUAUGAUCCUUCCCACCCUCUGCCCGCUGGCUUCCAGCAUGUACCACAUCCAACUUUGCAGCACCCUCCACCACCAGCACCUCCUCCUCCUCCCACCCAACAAAUGCCAGGAAGCUGGGCACCCCAACAACCACGACGACAACCACAGCGUGUGUCUGUUCACGGGGUUAUCCCCUACAUCACACCCGAACAAGCGGCUCAAUACGGGGGUUACUACUCCCCUAUGCCGACGCCGGCGCCUCCUCAGCAACCUCAACGAGUGAGAACAAGCCAGAGGGGGUAUUACGCCCCGGCGCCGCAGCAGCAGCGGUCUUCGAUGCGUGGUGCUAGGGCUGCGGUGGGACAGGGGAAUGUUGCUGCGGCUGACAAGACGACGAAACGGACUUCUGCUGCUGCGGCGGGGAAAAAAGAGGCGCCGUUGCCGGAGAUACCGCUGCCGGAGGUUCCAACGGAGGAGGAGGAGGAGGUCGUGGCCGAGAAGAGUGAGCCAGCGGCGCAGGUAGAGGUCGUGGCCGAGAAGAGUGAGCCAGCGGCGCAGGUAGAGGUCGUGGCCGAGAAGGGCGUGGCUGAGAAGUGA